AUGGCUGACAGCGAGGAGUAUCCUGGUCCAUAUUGUAUGAAGAACGGCAUAUCAACAGACUGGCUUAUUUCCAUGUUGAGUAAUUCCAAGGACGGACCUGAUCAGCCUAAUGUUCCUGAUUUCCAUGACCCAGUCAAGAUCUCCUUGCCAGUAUCAGAUGACCCUGAAAAUGAAACAUGCCCUGUGUGUCUUGGAGGAUGUGAAAACAAGUCUUACAUCAAAGACUGUAUGCAUUACUUUUGCUUUGCUUGUAUCCGUCAGUGGUCUCUGAUGGUAGAGACAUGUCCUGUUUGCAAAGUGAAAGUAACCUCUAUACUUCACUCUGCUUCAUCCCCAAUGGAGUAUCAGGAAUUAACUUUGUCAGGAAAUUCAGAAACUGGUAAACAUCUAUGUCAAGGUGUUAUUUUAGAGAUGCUUAAUUCAAUGGAGACAAAUAAUUUGACCUGGCAGAGUAUGAUGAUAUGGUUGAAGUAUUACUAUGGUGUAAAUUUUCAUGAGUUAUGUCCAUCAGUGCAGGCAAUAACAAGUCGUGUUAAAAAUUUACAGAAGAAAGUUCAAAAGCUAUCCAGAGACAGGAAAAAAACUGAUAUUGAGGUUAUGAAAUCUUUACCAUUUGACUUACCUGAGAGUCGGAAGAGUGAAAGCUUCCAAGAGGACUUGAAAAGGAAACAUACUGAAUCUGUCUUGAAAGUUAACUUUAAAGAAUCUUCUGUGUCACAUACCUUGUAUGCAUCAACGAUCUCAGCAUGCAACUCCUUAGCUAAUGAAUUGUGUGAAGUAAAAGAAAGCCUGACAACAGAGCAGGAAAAGAAAGAAAAAAUUAAGGCAAAGUGUGAGUCUCAGAAAAGUGUUUGUAGGAAUUUAACAAGACAACUAAAGCGCCGAUCAGUUGCACUUGACAGGCAAAAAGGAGAGAAGAAAACUUUAGAGAAGGAAGUGGCCAUAAAAAACAAAGAGAUAUCUAAAUUAAGGAAAGAACUGGAUUCAAAAGGUGAAAAGAUUGAAAAUUAUAAGACAAAAGUCAGUGAAAUCCGCAAAGAAAAGAAGAAUGUACAGGAACUGAACAGAUAUCACAGAAAACGAAACAGUGAUCUAAAAAAUGUUCACGCCAUUGGUGAUGAUGGGAACAGUGCUCUUUCAACUAAACUGAGAGAAUGCAAUGAUAUCAUAGUUGAGAAAGAUGAUGUACUAAACCAACUGUCAGAGAGAGUUGACGAAUUGGAAGCUAUGCAAACUUCACAGCCUGCUGUAGUGACAUUUGAGAAUGGAAGGUACACUGAUGAUGUACGGGUGACUUGCUUGGAUCUGUUGAGCAGAAAUGUUGGAAUUCAAAAUGUGGAGCCCAUCAUACGAAGUGUAAGUAGUAACAUUUUUAAAGCUGAACUAGGCAGACUCCCAGGCACAAGCAAGUUGGCAGAAAUGCUUGUAGAAGCUAGGACUGUCUCACACUUGCAGCUUGCUUAA